UGACAGCGCAGCUGUGGCGUAUUUUUUGCGGACUUCCUGUGAAGAGAAAGACCGUGAACCUGUGACAGCAGCUGCAGGAGCCUCCUCUGGAUGCAGACAGCGGCGCAACAUGGCUGUGUUCGAGAACUGCUCGGUGCUCGUGGUGCUGAAAAACGUGCCCUUCAAGGAGAAGCAGCAGCUGAGAUCAGCGGUGACGGAGAACGGAGGCCAACUUUCCUUUGUGGUCAAUAAGCAGUGCUCCCUGGUCGUCACCAACGACGUGUCCAGCCUGAGCUCCAACCGGCUGCGCAGCAUCCAGAAGCACCAGAUUUCGGUGGUCAGCCCGGACUACGUCUACAGCUGCGUGACGAAGGGAGUUCUGCUGCCGGUGGACGGGUUCCUGCUGGACACUUCCUCGGCUUCGUCGCAUCCUCCUCCUCCUCUGGUCACGCCGAGGCAGGACCCACCUCCACGUCCAGAACAUGCGAUUCUGACCAAAGACCAAACCAAACCCAUGGACUCUGUCAUCCCGACGCCGCGGGAAGAACCUCCAGAGAGCAGCGGAAACAUCCUGCACAAGUUCAGAGCUUACACCGACGCCGAUUCUGACCUUCCAGCAUUUCCUGAUAAUUUCCAAGUGGCCAAAUAUUUCAUUUUUCAAGAGAAAAGAAGCAACACUUGGGGUGCUGUGGAGCUGCAGAGCGGCAAAGCUGAGACGGGACGACAGUAUCGAGUGGUCAUACACGAGCUGCCCAGUGCAGGAGAGAAGAAGAAGGACGAGCAGGCGAUCAAGUGUAUACUGAUAUUUCCGCCCACCUCGGAGGAUGCUGUGCAGGUGUAUCAGGGCACAACGGAGAAAAUGAAGGCUUCUGGUAUGAAGCAGAGCAGUGCUCUUCCCUCGCAGAACCAGGAUCUGGUUUCCUCCUCCCUCCAGCAGCUGCUGCUGGAGGAGAAGCUGAACGCUGGAAGCUUGUCUCAGGAGGUUGGCGUGUUCGUGGAGCUGCUGUGGACGGAGGCUCUGGGUUGCCUUGGAAACAUCCUCUCAGUUCCCAUCACCAAGCUCAGCCUCAACGACGUGAGCAGAGCCGAGGGUUUGCUGCUUCAAGCUCAGAAGAACCUGGACAAACACUUGGACACGGCGGUGGGCCUCCUGAAGGACUUCUACAAUCUGCUGCCUCAAAGGAACCGGGGAGAGGAUGUCAGCGCCAAGUUAAUCUCUCAGAAACUGGACCUCUGUCAGUUAAUCCGGGAUGUUCUGAGCGUGAGCGAGAUGACUCUGAGGAACCCGUCGCCGUCCUGCGUCGGUAAAUAUCGAGCUCUGAGGUGCAGCAUUGAAACGGUUCCCCCCAACGGCGCCGAGUUCCAGACGGUGACCAGCCUGCUGCAGGACGGGAAGCUGCAGGUCCAGCAGGUGUUUCGUAUCAGCAGACCGGUGGAGCUUCAGACCUUCAACGCUGACAUCAGGAACGUCAAGCCGCUGCUGCACUCGUCCAGUCCCAGCAACUUUGUGGGAAUCCUGUCUCGAGGCCUGCUGCUGCCUCGCGCUGCAGUCGAGCAUCACGGCAUCGAGAGAACCGACGCCGGCAACCUGGGCAGCGGAAUCUACUUUAGUGACGCCGUGAGAACCUGUUUGAAAUACUCCAAGCCCGGCGAGACGGACGGAUCCCGGCUGCUGCUGGUGUGUGACGUGGCGUUGGGUCGAUGCAAAGACGUCUACAAGCGAGACGUCGCUCUGACUCGAGCUCCUGCAGGUCACGACAGCGUUCAUGGAGCUGCGCAGAGGGUCUCAUACUGCAGUUUUUCUGUGUUUGCAGAUGUCGGAUCGGAGGUGGACGGCGUUGAAAACGUCGCCAACCCUCUGGACGGCGUGAAGGCCGGACUGCUGGACAGCUCGGGGCAGCAGCUCCCCCUGCAGGCCGUCCACGUCAAGUGCAAACUGAUGGAUCUGCUCUCUCAGGUGAUCAUCUUCCAGAAGUACACCAACCAGAGCUCGGUGCCCAUCGAGGCCAAGUACGUGUUCCCUCUGGAUGACUCUGCUGCAGUUUGUGGAUUUGAAGCUUUCAUUAACGGGAAACACGUGGUGGGACAGGUGAAGGAGAAAGAGACGGCUCGUAAAGAGUACCGGCAGGCUGUUGCUGCGGGCCACGGAGCUUACCUGAUGGACCAGGACGCACCUGACGUUUUCACCAUCAGCGUGGGAAACCUGCCUCCAGGUGCGACCGUCCUCAUCAAAGUCACCUUCGUGUCCGAGCUGAUCGUCCGGGACGGGACCAUUCAGUUCUCUCUGCCGGGGAGUGUGGCUCCGUGGCAGGAGGGCGCGGCGCUGAACCAGACCACACAGGUGACGGUGGAGAAGGUGUGUGUGACCGAUGAGGCGGCGAGUCAGAGAGAGUUCACCCUGGACAUGUCCAUCGAGAUGCCCUACGAGAUCACCAGCCUGCAGUGCGUCACUCACCAGGUCAAAACGAAGAGAACUGACUGUAAGGCGGUGCUGAGUGUGCUACCAGGAGAGGUGAUGGGUUCUGACGGGUUCCAGCUGUCGAUCGGGCUGUCGAAGGUCCACAUGCCGAGGAUGUGGGUGGAACAACACCCUGACAAGGACAGCCAGGCCUGCAUGCUGGUGUUCUAUCCGGACUUCGAGGUCGGUUCCAGCUCAUCAGCCGAUGAAGUCGUCCUGCUGUUGGACAUGUCUGAGUCCAUGAAGGGAGAACCUCUGCGCUCGGCCCGAAGGAUCGCCCUGCAGGUUCUGAAAAACCUCGACCGCGACGUCAGAGUCAACGUUAUUCUGUUCGGCACAGAUCACAAAGAAGCUUUCCCCACAGCACAGCCGCUCAGCAAAGUCAAACAGGAAGCUGAGAGUUUCAUUAAGUACUCCUCAGUAGGGGGCAGCACCGAGCUCUGGAGGCCCCUGAGAGCUCUCAGCCUUCUUCCUCCGUCCGCCGGCGUCCGAAACCUGCUGCUGCUGUCGGACGGACACAUCCAGAACUCAGAAGUGAGCCUGAAGCUGCUCCGAGACGACGCUCAGCACAGCCGCCUCUUCACCUGCGGACUCAGCCCGACAGCCAACCGACACAUGCUGAGAGCUUUGGCCCAGGCAGGGGGCGGAGCCUACGAGUUCUUCGACCCAAAAACCAAACACAACUGGGCCGAGAAGGUGUCCCGGCAAGUGAAGCGAAUGGCGUCUCCCGGCUGCAGCUCGGUGUCGGUCAAGUGGCAGCAGUUCAACCCGACGGCGCCCCCUGCUGUUCAGGCCCCGAAGCAGCUGCACGCUCUGUUCAAUGACUGUCACACGCUGGUGUACGGCUUCGUGCCGCACUGCACUCAGGCGACGCUGUUCGGAAACCUGAGCGGUCAGGAGCUCCAGACCAUGGUGUCGACCAGCGAGCUGCAGAAGACCAGAGGCACAUUUCUCCACAAGCUCACAGCGAGGGCCGUCAUCAGGGAUUACGAAGACGGCUGUCUGGACGCCAGUGAAGCUGAACACGAGAGCAAGAAGGCGGAGCUCAAGUCCUUCAUCAUCGAGUUAAGCAGAGACUUCUCCAUCCUGUCUCAGUUCACCAGCUUCGUGGCCAUCGAGGAAAGAGACUCGGACCAAUCAGAGGACGGCUUCACCGACAUCCCCAAGCUGAUCGCGGACGAGGACGUGGACUUCCUGCCCUACGUCAGCUGGACUUCUCCUCAGGACGACGAGAUGCUCGAUUCUGAGAGGGAUUCAGACACGGAGUCGGACAUGGACAUGGGUUUUGCCCUGAUGGAUGACGAAGUGCAGUGCUACGAGGAGGCGGACGAGGAGGCCUCACCGGAUUAUUCACCCACAGACUAUGAGGGUGUGUCGAUGGCGAUACCAAACAAUCCAGACUUUCUUAAGGGAAAGUGCCUGUCCUCCUCCUCCUCCUCCUCCUCCACCUCCAUCUCCUCCGGGGAGAUGUCAGAUGAAGGCAUAGCAUACGGUGAUGGAGGCUUACCUCCUCCUGUUCGUCGUCUUCCUCUUUGUCUUUCUCUUCCUUCUCGCACACAUAUCAAAGUAUAUGGUCUCUCAGCUGCUGGUGCUCCUCCUCCUCCUCCUCAUGCACCACAAGCUUUCGGUUUUUCGACAGCGUCAGUGAGUCAGAGUUUGUCUAAAUCUGAUGAACUGUCUCAACGACUGCAACGGGCUGAGGCACUGUCCAGAACUUGUUUGGGAUCGACGCCAGAAGUUUCCGUUCGUCAGGGAUUGAGGAGGUCUGAUGCAACCAGACUGUCCAAACUGUCUCUACGCUCAGAGAGAGGAUCGGGAACGCCACAACCUCUCAAAUGGGAACGGAUCUUCCAGCUGCAGCAUCCGGAGGGCUACUGGGAGUUGACCACAGAACUGGGUCAACAUCUUGAUUUCAUGGUGGUCAUCUUUGUCGAGUUCUUGAAACACAAAGGCAUUAAUUCUCUUGGCGUGAAGGCUCGCGCAGACAUCCUGAAGCUGCUGGCGACUCUCCUGGUUCUGCAGCAGAUGAGGCUGGAGAAGUAUGAGGAAGGCAAACUGCUGCGAACCCUGUUUUCUCUGGAGGAACCCUCCGAGCCGAGGUCUGCGCGGUGGGAGGCGGUGAAGAGGGCGGUGGACUGGGUCUGCUGGGGGGACCGGCAGUACCCCUGCAUCUACAGCCGGCUGGAGUUCGGCUUGAGCUGGGAGUCGUCCACCCGGCAGCUGCUGAGUUGCGACGACAUCCCUCCUUCCUCGGCUCUCCACCAGCAGAACAUGGAGAAGAUGCUGGCAGCAAUGGUCCGCUAAGAAGCACGAAGAGAAGACGAUGUGAGGGAAAUGAAACCUGUGUGCCUCGUUCUUUUUAUCUUUUAGAUUAAUCGUUUGCCAAAUAUACAUCCAUACAUUUUUCUUUGUUUCACGAGUUAUUCCAUAUCCACUUCAUUUUUUAAAAAAAAAAUCAAUAUUACGUAUUCUGAAUCAAUAACAGGAUGACAAUCGUUCUU